AUGGCUCAAGUUUUAUCGGCUCUUUACGCCUAUCGUUGUCCUCGACCGAAAAUGAAUAACUCUGCUUCGAAUCAGAGCCUUUACAUUGAGAGUGAUGAAGAAGAUGGUGAGAAAAAAAACUUGUACGAAGAAGAUGAUGAUGGUACUAUUUCUGAUUCUUCUGAUGCUCACAAUCAAAACCAUAACCAGUCUAAGCCAAGCUCAUACUCAACCGCAUGGCCAAAGAGUUACAGGCAAUCCAUUGAUAUGUACGGAAGUGUACCAAUACCAUCUCCAAAUUUGGGUUUUCUUGGUAAUUCUCCAAUGUCAAGAUUAGGAAGCUCUUUCAUGUCCUCAACACUAACAAGAAGACAUACUCCAGAGACAUUACCUACUCAUGCUGUUACAAAACCUCUGUUAGUAUCAUCACCACUGAGAGAUGAAGAAGCAGUACCGAAGCGUAAAAGUAGCUCGCAUUCUCUGCUUCCUUCGAAAUCAUCAUUUGUGGUGCAUCAUGAAAUGGGAAUCUCUAAUGAUAGCUCAUUUGGACAAGCAGUUCUUAAUGGAGUGAAUGUUCUAUGUGGGGUUGGAAUAUUGUCAACACCAUAUGCUGUGAAGGAAGGAGGAUGGUUGGGACUUCUCAUUCUAUUUGCAUUUGGUAUUCUUUGUUUUUACACUGGAUUGCUUUUGCGUUACUGCCUCGAUAGCCACCCCGACCUCCAAACCUAUCCCGAUAUUGGCCAUGCCGCUUUUGGUACCACUGGUCGCAUCCUUGUCUCCAUAAUACUCUAUCUGGAGCUAUAUGCUAUGAGUGUUGAAUACAUAAUUUUGGAAAGUGAUAAUCUUUCUUCACUCUUUCCAAAUGCUGGUCUAAAUAUUGGAGGGUUUCACUUAGAUGCACCUCAUCUAUUUUCACUGCUUACCAUCCUCGCUUUUCUUCCCACCGUUUGGCUUCGCGAUCUUAGUGUACUAAGUUACAUUUCAGCUGGAGGGGUGAUUGCAUCAGUGUUGGUGGUUUUUUGCUUAUUUUGGAUUGGUUUGGUUGAUGAUGUUGGAAUUCAUAGCAAAGGAACUCCUUUAAACUUAGCAACAUUACCGGUUUCCGUAGGACUCUAUGGUUAUUGUUACUCAGGACAUGGUGUUUUCCCAAAUAUUUAUACUUCAAUGGCCAAACCCUCUCAAUUUACUACUGUUCUCUUGACAUGUUUUGGAAUUUGUACUUUGAUGUAUGCGGGCGUUGCUGUUAUGGGAUAUAGCAUGUUUGGAGAAUCAACAGAAUCACAGUUUACUCUUAACCUGCCUCAAGAAUUGGUUGCGUCUAAGAUUGCUUUGUGGACCACGAAAGAAAGCACAUAUGCUUUGACAUUAUCUCCAGUUGCAAUGAGUCUUGAGGAGUUAAUACCAUCAAACCAUGGGAAGUCACGUUUGUAUGCAAUCGCCAUUAGAAGCGCAUUGGCCAUAUCUACUCUGCUCGUUGGUCUUGCGAUUCCCUUCUUCGGCCUUGUCAUGUCAUUGAUUGGAUCAUUCUUGACAAUGCUCAUUACUUUGAUACUACCCCCAGCUUGUUUCUUGAGCAUCUUAAGGACAAAAGUAACUCCUACACAGGUGGUGGUCUGUGUCUUCAUUAUCACAGUAGGAGCAGUAUGUUCAGUUAUUGGCACAUAUUCAGCUCUUGCAAUGAUCAUUGAGAAGUUGAGCUCUUAA